AUGGGCUCCAUGAACUCAAACAACUGGCUUUCCUUUCCUCUGUCCCCUACUCAUUCUUCUUUACCACCACAUCUCCAUACUUCUCAGUCUCAUCAUUUUUCUCUAGGCCUAGUGAGUGAUAACAUUGAUAACCCUUUUCAAACACAAGAGUGGAAUAUGAUUAACACUCAUGGAAGUGGUGAUGUUCCGAAGGUCGCGGACUUUCUUGGCGUGAGCAAAUCCGAAAACCAGUCAGAUCUUGUGGCAUACAAUGAAAUUCAGGCGAACACUAACACCGAUUACCUAUUUCAAACCAGCAGUCUUAUGCCGGUGCAGAACAGUACCUUAGCGGCCACUCCCACUAAUAACUAUGAGCUUCAAGAAAAUGCCGGCAAUUUACAGUCAUUGACAUUGUCUAUGGGGAGUGGUAAGGGUUCAGCAUGUGAAACCAGUGGUGAUAACAGUACUACUGCCACGGUCGAAGCUGCUGCCCCUAGGAGGACUCUGGACACAUUUGGGCAAAGAACAUCGAUUUAUCGUGGUGUAACUAGGCAUAGAUGGACAGGAAGGUACGAAGCUCAUCUCUGGGAUAAUAGUUGCAGAAGGGAGGGACAAUCAAGGAAAGGUCGCCAAGUCUAUUUGGGUGGAUAUGACAAAGAAGAGAAAGCAGCUAGGGCUUACGAUCUGGCUGCACUGAAGUACUGGGGAACAUCUACUACUACCAAUUUUCCAAUUAGUAACUAUGAGAAGGAACUAGAGGAGAUGAAAAAUAUGACCAGACAAGAAUUUGUAGCCUCUAUUAGAAGGAAAAGUAGUGGUUUCUCCAGAGGUGCAUCCAUGUAUCGUGGAGUGACAAGGCAUCAUCAACAUGGAAGAUGGCAAGCAAGGAUUGGGAGAGUUGCAGGAAAUAAAGACCUCUACUUGGGGACUUUCAGUACUGAGGAGGAAGCUGCUGAAGCAUAUGACAUUGCAGCAAUAAAGUUCAGAGGCCUCAAUGCAGUCACCAACUUCGACAUGAACCGCUACGACGUGAAGAGCAUACUCGAAAGCAACACUCUUCCAAUCGGAGGAGGUGCCGCGAAGCGCCUGAAGGAGGCUCAAGCCAUCGAAUCAUCGCGAAAGCAAGAAAUGAUAGCGCUCGGCUCGAGCUGCUUUCAGUAUGGAAGCUCAAGCUCAGGCAGCACUUUACAACCGUAUCCUCUAAUGCAGCAGCCAUUUGAGCAAACCCAACCACUACUAACCCUACAAAACCAAGACAUAUGUCAAUACACACACGAGUCCCAAUUCCACCAAAACUACAUCCAAACACAGCUAGGGUUGCACCACCAGACUGGUUCUAGUUACUUGCACCAUUCGAACCAUAAUCAGAAUUCUCAGUUCUACAACAAUUACCUUCAGAGCAACCCGGUUUUGCUGCAUGGGUUGAUGAACAACAUGGGUGGCUCUCCAUCAUCUGUCAUGGAGAGUAAUGGAAGUUCGAGUGGUGGUUAUAGUGGAGGUUAUUUGGGGAAUGGUCUUGGGGUGGCUCUGAAUAGUACUGCUACUACUGCAAUAUCAGCUAAUGCAGGAGGGCCGGCGGCGGAGGAGCUUGCGCUGGUUAAGGUCGAUUAUGAUAUGCCGCCUGGUGCCGGUGGUUAUGGAGGGUGGUCCGGGGACUCGGUCCAGGGUUCGAAUCCUGGUGUGUUUUCGAUGUGGAAUGAGUGA